AUGACGACAACUAUCGUCAUUAGUCGAGAUAACAAUGAUAAUCAAAUUGCUGAUUUUGAAGUUCACAUUCCACUUAAAAAAAACAUAACAUGUUUAUGUACUGAAGAUGAACAAUGUGAUUCCAAUUCUGCGACAUGUCAACUAACACAUGAACAUCAUACAUGUUAUGAAAGUUGGACAUUAGAAUCAAGUGAUGGUUCAAUACAUGUUACUGCUGGAUGUAUGCAUAAUGAUUAUUUCUUUAUACGAUUAAUGUGUAGUACUAAUAAAACAAAUCGUUAUAUUGUUUGUUGUUCUCAACGUGAUUAUUGUAAUGAUCUUGAUGCUUAUUCAAAAGAAAUUCGUACUUCAUUAAUAUCUACAAUAUCAACAAGUACUUUAACAACACGUUUACCUCGUGGUAAUUUUUCAAUAUUAAUAUUAAUAACAAUUAUAUCAAUAAUUGUUGUAAUUUUAUUAUUAAUUGGAUGUAUAAUUAUGUAUUUAAAACAUAAAACUAUAAAGAAUAAUAAUAAAAGUUAUUCGAAAACAAUUGUUUAUGAUGAUGAACAUCAUAAAAAAAAUAUUACUCAACGUUUAUUAAAAUGUUUUCAUUGUCGAACACGUUUAGAACAAAAUUCAGAUCAACGUAUACCGUCAGAUCAAUCAUUAACUGCACUUCUCGAUGAAUUUUCAACAAGUACAAUUGGACCAGCACUUCCUUUAUUAAUGCAACGUACACUUGCAAGACAAAUAACUUUGGAAGAAAUAAUUGGUGCUGGUCGUUAUGGUAGUGUUCAUCGAGGAAAAUGGCGUGAAGAUCAUGUUGCUGUUAAAAUUUUUUCGGCAAAUGAUGAACGUUCAUGGCUUCGAGAAAUAGAUAUUUAUCAAACUGUUUGUUUAAGACAUGAAAAUAUUCUUGGAUAUAUUGCAGCCGAUAAUAAGGAUGCAUCAACAUAUACUCAACUUUGGCUUGUUACUGAAUAUCAUGAAAAUGGAUCAGUUUAUGAUUAUUUAAUGACUCAUACAAUAACAAUACCUAUAUUAAUAAAAAUGAUGUUAAGUAUAGCUAGUGGUCUUUGUCAUUUACAUAUGCCAAUUGAUUCAACAAAUGGAAAAGUUGCACUUGCUCAUCGUGAUUUAAAAACAAAAAAUAUUUUAGUCAAAAAAGAUCUAUCAUGUUGUAUUGCUGACUUAGGUCUUGCUGUAAAAGAAGUUCGUUCUCGACCUCAAUGUCGAAAAGAUCCAUUAGUUUCAAAUACAUCUAAUCAAGAACAUGUUGAUAUUGAUAUUCAAGCAAAUAGUCGUGUUGGUACACAACGUUAUAUGGCACCAGAAGUUCUUGAUGGAACAUUAAAUGAUCGUAGUUUUGAAUCAUUUAAAGCUGCUGAUAUAUAUGCAUUAGGACUUGUCUAUUGGGAAAUAUUACGAAGAUGUCAAACAAAUCUGAAUGAAAAUGAUGCUGAUCCAUAUCAAGUACCAUAUGAAGAUAUUUUACCAAAUAAUCCAACAUUUGAACAAAUGCGUGAUGUUGUAUGUACAAGAAAAAUUCGACCACCACCAUCACCACGAUGGCAAACACAUUCGAUUCUUCGUCAUCUUGUUCGUUUAUGUGAAGAAUUAUGGUUUGAAGAUCCAGCAUGUCGUCUCAGUAGUCUUAAUAUUAAAAAACAACUUAAAAAUCAAAUGAGUUUAAUAGAAAAUAAUUUAUCAAAUAUAAAUAUUGAAUCACAACAACAAUUAACACAAAAUGAUGGUCCAUGGACUGCAUAA